UCUCCAACUGUUGAGACAGAGGAUUAUACUGUACAUUUGCGCCAAGUUGUAUUCCUCUCCUCUUCACCUACCUACUCCACCUCCACCAUAUGCGAUGCAAAUGGCGAAGCUCUCUGAGCCCUUCGACGUCCUCGAUUUCGUGCUCAACCAAGGCAAUGGAGUCAAAGGUCUUUCAGACACACGCCUCAAAACAGUCCCCAACCAAUUCAUCCAACCUAUUGAAGAUCGGAUCCACGUGGCACCACCAACAUCUUGUGAUUCAUCAUCGUCCUCUUCCAUACCAAUCAUCGAUGUAUCGAAUUGGGACAACGAUGACCCAAAGGUCUCAGAAUCGAUCUGCGAAGCAGCUGAGAAAUUCGGAUUCUUUCAGAUCGUCAAUCACGGAGUGCCCUUGGAAGUCCUUGAGAAUGUGAUGAAGGCGGGUCACCGGUUCUUUGGGUUACCGGUUGAGGAGAGAAGAAAGUACAUCUUCAAUGGCAAGAACAACACCAACACUAGUGUGCAGUUGAAGACUAGCUUCACCCCCCAUAAGGAAAAGGUUUUGGAGUGGAAAGAUUACCUUACUCACAUUUAUUGCAAUGGUGAUAAUGGUUCAGUGGAAGAUGAAGAUGAUUCAAAAGGUUCUGAUUCAUGGCCUUCUGUCUCCAGGGAUCAACUUUUGGAAUACAUGAAGUGGGCUAAACCAGUCAUCCAAAGGCUCCUAAAGGUGCUAAUGAAGGGACUUAAUGUGGAGGAGAUAGGUGCAACCAAGGAAAAUCUGUUAAUGGGUACCCUUAUUGUUAAUUUUAACCACUAUCCCAUAUGUCCAAACCCUGAUCUCACAGCCGGAGUUGGACCUCACUCCGAUGCCUCAACAAUCACCAUCCUCCUUCAAGACGACACUGGCGGUCUUUAUGUGCGAGGAAGAGAAGGCUGGAUCCAUGUCACGCCUGUUAAGGGAGCACUCAUAGUCAAUAUUGGUGAUGUACUACAGAUUAUGAGUAACGAUCAUUACAAAAGCAUAGAGCACCGUGCUGUUACCAGUGCAAGGAAGCACAGGAUUUCAGUCCCCAUCUUUGUGAACCCAGGUCCUAAUGCAGUUAUGGGUCCUCUGCCAGAAGCAUUACAACUUGGAGAGAAGCCAAUAUAUAAGCAAGUUCUCUACUCCGAUUACUUCAAUUAUUUCUUUAGUAAGCCUCAUGAAGGGAAGCAGACUAUUGAAUAUGCUAAAAUUUGAUAUCAUAUUUCUAAGCAUUGCAUUAUUGCAAGCUCUCUUUCAUGUAUUGGAUGCAAAACAAUAAUGGAGUGUAAAGGGAGAGGUAUAGUCUCUUUCUGUAAACUUGAGUAGAUCAUACUGUAUUACCCAAAAAAACUAAUAUCUUUGAUCUUUGUAUUGCAUGUUUUUAGACUAUAUGACGCAUGUGAAAAUAUUAUGCAAUUAUAGAUAAAUAAAUUGAGGUAUGAUAUUAUGAAUGAA